AUGCUGUCGAAAGUGAGACUCAAUCUAGACUCCCUAACAUCCUACACUUCAUUCGCUUCUUACAAUUUUUUCUAUCUUCAGUUUGGUGGCGGACCUCCAUCCGAUUCUAACCAGGUGGAUACCUCUGAAACAGUGUACAUUUCGUCUCUCGCGCUGUUGAAAAUGCUUAAGCAUGGAAGGGCUGGAGUACCAAUGGAGGUUAUGGGUCUAAUGCUUGGUGAAUUUGUGGACGAGUAUACAGUGAAUGUCAUAGACGUUUUUGCUAUGCCUCAAUCCGGAACAGGUGUAUCUGUCGAAGCUGUGGAUCCUGUGUUUCAAGCAAAAAUGCUUGACAUGUUGAAACAAACAGGCCGACCGGAAAUGGUUGUCGGUUGGUAUCACUCCCAUCCCGGUUUUGGAUGUUGGCUGUCAGGCGUCGACGUAAAUACUCAACAGUCAUUUGAAGCCUUAUCAGAUCGUGCUGUGGCAGUCGUCGUUGACCCUAUUCAGUCCGUCAAAGGAAAGGUCGUCAUAGAUGCGUUCCGUACUAUAAAUCCACAAACAAUGGCACUCAAUCAGGAACCUCGUCAGACAACUAGUAAUCUCGGACAUUUGCAGAAGCCAAGCAUCCAGGCCUUAAUUCACGGCCUUAAUCGACAUUACUACUCAAUCCCGAUAGCUUACCGAACCCAUGAUUUGGAGCAGAAGAUGCUGUUGAAUUUGAACAAACAGUCUUGGAUGGAUUCUUUAGCUGUAAGAAAUUAUACCAGCUGCAGUGAAAAAAAUAAAGAAAGCAUGCAGGCAAUGUUUAAGCUCGCGAAGAUGUACAAAAAGGCUCUGGAAGACGAAGAAAAAAUGACUGACGAAGAGCUGGCUAUAAAAAAUGUGGGAAAACAAGACCCUAAAAGGCAUCUUGGAGAGGAGGUCACAAGGAUGUUGAGUGAUAAUAUUGUUCAAAAUCUUGCUGGGAUGAUGGAUACUACUUCAUUCCAAUAA